AUGUCUGGUGAAGUUCCCGUACCGCCUCCCGUAUUAUGGGCACAACGCAAGGAGGACGUUUUUCUCACAUUUAGCGUUGAAUCUAAAGAUCCGUCUAUUAAAAUAGAAAAAGACUCUGUAUAUUUUAAAGGCAUCAGUGCACCGGACAACAAAGCCCACGAGGUAACUAUACAAUUAUAUGACGCUGUAGUUCCGGAAACUAGCGGCUUCGUUAAUAAGGGUCGUUGCAUAGAAAUGGUGCUGCGGAAAGAAAAGAAAGACGCUCCGUAUUGGCCAUCAUUAACGAAAGACAAAAAGAAACCACAUUACCUUAAAAUAGAUUUUAAUAAGUGGAAAGAUGAAGAUGAUGAAGACGAAGAUGGUGGUGGCAAUAACUAUGAUAUUGAAGAAAUGCUUCGGUCAAUGGGAGGAGGUGCCGGCGAUAAGGGUGAUAAACCUUCAUUCGAUGACCUCGAAAGUGAUUCAGAUGACGAAAACUUACCUGAUCUUGAA